CAAGAGUUUCAGGCACAACCUUGGAAGGUGGACGCCCAUACGACGACAAAACGAACAAGGUCUUUCAGCCGCAAGAGAAAGGGAAAUUGAAGUAAAAAAAAAGGCCACUUAUUCCCCCCCCGAUGAAUGUGGGCCUUGCUGUAAGCGAUAUAUCCAGGAAAUUCGGAAAUAUCAGUAAUAUAUCCUGUGUGCUUAGAAGGGGUGCAGUUGCGCUUCCCUCACCGGCUUCUUUUUGGCAGGCCAAAAGAGUACUCUCCAUUAAUUGCCCUGGCCCUCGCCCUCGGCAUACUGUGCUUCCCACAGUAUCCACACAAAGAACUUCUAGACAUACUUUUCGAAGUGUAUCACCACUGAGAAUGGGUGAUAUGUCGAAGCCUUUACGAUAUGUCGAUAUUGGGAUCAACCUAAGUGACCCAGUAUUCCAGGGAAACUACCACGGAAAACAGGUUCAUGAUAGUGAUUUAGAUGACAUUAUCCAGCGUGCACGAGAUGUGGGCUGUGAGAAAUUUAUGGUGACGGGCUCUGAUCUGAAGGAGUCAAAGCAUGCCAUCGAGCUUGCCCAAAACUACCCUGGCUUUUGUUAUGCCACAGUUGGUGUCCAUCCUUGUCAAGCAAAGCUGUUCGACAGUUUCCCUGGUGGUCCCCAAAAGAUGAUUGACGAGCUCAGGUCAUUGGCGCUAGAGGCGAAGAAGGCAGGCCAUGCGGUUGCCUUCGGUGAGAUCGGGUUAGAUUAUGAUAGACUUUUUUUGAGUCCAAAAGAGCCACAGCUGAAGUAUUUCGAGGCCCAACUUGAUCUUGCAGUGGAGAUCCAACUUCCGCUUUUUCUUCAUUCGCGAGCUGCUAGUGAAGACUUUGAACGACUCCUGGCAGCUAGGCUGGAGAAGCUCCCGAAACGGGGACUUGUGCAUAGUUUCACGGGAACCCUCGAAGAAAUGGAAAGAAUAGUGGCACUGGGCUUGGAUGUUGGUGUUAAUGGAUGCAGCUUGAAAACCGAGGAAAACUUGGAGGUUGUAAAAGCCAUUCCCUUGGAUCGAAUUCAGAUCGAAACGGAUGGGCCCUGGUGUGAAAUCCGUCCGUCUCAUGCUUCCUCGAAGUUCUUGGAAGGAUCCCCAGCGCUGCCAAAAGCCGUCAAGAAGGAAAAAUGGCAAAAGGGAUGUAUGGUCAAAGGUCGAAACGAGCCCGUGGCGAUCGUUCAGGUUGCUCAUGUCAUCGCUAAACUCAAGGGGACAACGGUCGAGGAAGUUUGCGACGCCGCCUGGAAUAAUUCUAUCCGAAUGUUUGGGCUUGGAGAAGAGGAUCCAUGAUCGUUCCCACCCUCUUUCUCUGGCAUUUUGCCUUGACCUUGGGGUUGAUUUUUCGGCUGGACUUCGACAUUAUGCCGGCAAUGAAGAAUUUCUAUAGCACAAAUUGGUGAACGAGGGUGUGGAUAGGCUUUUGAAUUGGGCUGAGUUGGGGUGCGGGCGAAGUAGUCUACUACACCAGGUCCCGUGCAAAACUGCAGUCAUACUUCAGUCAGAGUCCACGACAAACUGACGACAAUUGCAGAAAACCUAGUAUAUAAUUUCCAUUUCCUCGUUCCUUCCUUGCUUCUCUCUUCUUAUUUUCUCCAUUUAUCCACUCGCUCCAUCUCU